CUCCGGGCCACCUCACACCCCGCCCGACGUGGAGGCUGAGCUCAGAACUGAGUUGUCCCGGCCAUGGUGACGCUGCGGCGCGUCCCGGCCGGGGAAGCGCCCUUCGCUCGACCCGUGGGGCAUUGCCCGCGUCGGGCGGGGUUGGCGCUUGCCUUGUGCCCCGCGUGGUGAGCGCCCGCCUCCCCUGCCCCGCUGGUCCCUGGGCGUGGGGUGACUGCUGGGCAGCCUGCCGGUGCUGCAGGCCCCGAGAGCCCGCGCCCGCCCAGCUGUUCGGCCUGUGUUUGUUGUGCCGGAGGAGGCCCCGCCACCGCCGCGCUCGCCGCCCUGCGCCUCCGGAUUCGCUGGCGGGUGUCACGUGGCCGCGAUCAGCUGGGCCGGCUGGCGGUGGGGGCCGACAGGUCUCCUGCUGCAGCCGGCCGAGCCCACCGGGAGUAGAGUCGCAGGGUCAGCGUCCUUCCUGCCUUCGCUGGUGCGAGGCUAGACGUCCUCCUGCAUCCCCCUUUUUUUCUGCACUUCUGCGCGGGUUAUUUAGAACUUCAGCUAUCAAAAUGGGCAGAAUUUUCCUUGAUCAUAUUGGUGGUACCCGACUGUUUUCUUGUGCAAACUGUGACACGAUCCUGACUAACCGCUCGGAACUCAUUUCCACUCGGUUCACAGGUGCCACCGGUAGAGCAUUUCUUUUUAACAAGGUAGUUAACCUACAGUACAGUGAAGUUCAAGAUCGGGUCAUGCUCACUGGCCGCCAUAUGGUUCGGGAUGUGAGCUGCAAAAACUGCAAUAGCAAACUGGGAUGGAUCUAUGAGUUUGCCACUGAAGACAGCCAGCGUUAUAAGGAAGGCCGUGUGAUCCUGGAACGUGCUCUAGUUCGAGAGAGUGAGGGCUUUGAGGAGCACGUACCAUCCGAUAACUCUUGAAGAAAAAGAGAGAAAUCCAUCUUUUCCCAGGUCUCCUUCACUGAAAACAAAAAUCUACUUACAUACACUGUCACCUUAGCAUCAGAGUCGGAUUCAUGAACUGCGGAACAAGAGGUUGUGAGAAUCCAAGAUGGAACCUUUCUUUCUUUCUUUCUUUCUUUUUUUUUUUUUUUAAAUUUUGUAUUUUCCAUCCAACAGCAGUGUGUAGAGAGAAUAUUAUGCAGUUGCUGUUUUUUUUUUUUCCUAUGUUUACAUCUUGAGGCAGAAGAGUCUCUGCAGCUAUAUGGUGGGCUAUGUGAGGAAAAAAAUCUGGGCUAUUAGAGUGAAAAAAGUGUGUUUUAUGUAAACUUUGAAUGGAGAAUAUGUCAAAGAGCAUGGUUUUUAAACUUAUUUGGGCUUCAUUUUAAAACUUUUUUUUUUUUUAAACCCAGUUAUUUCACUUGAUUUGCUAGCUUCAGAGAAGAGAUCCGAAUCUGUGCCCAGCGCUAAAGGCUCAGUGUUAGCAUGGCUUGUGCUGGCCCGUGUGCCAUAUUCUUGUUGGAGAUGAACCGUAGCACCAGAGCCCAUUCUUCCUUGUCAGUCUUGACCCAAAGAUGUCACCAUUCCUAGUUACUUGUCACCACAUAACUGGUGUUGAUUGGAAACUUUCUCUGAAAUGGGGCAGAACUGCUUGGUUGUCUUUUUCCAUGUAACUUAAGCAUAGUAAUAUAAAUAAAGUAAUAGUUGGA